AUGGUUCUGCAGUGGGUGACUAAAACUGCCCAGAACAUCAUUACUACCCAGUUACAGAGCAUGAGUGAUAUCGGUGAGAUUGGUGUGCACACCUGCCUCAAUAAGGUCUCUCGCAACCACAUCAACAUCUCCAACGACAAAGUCACCAUAUUCAAACUCAAAUUUGUGUCCAUCAAUAACUGUUUGAGCAAAUCUGGAACACAAAGCAGUUCAGACCCGCCACUGAUCAAGUUGCUGUCCCGCAAAGAAGUACCAGCUACUCAUAUUUGUCCGUGGGAUAACGGACUUCAAGAUUACGGAGGAGCUGGCAGCAAUGCGGUCGAUGAAAGGGACGACGACAGGGAGCGAUCUGUUUACGGAGGUAAAUGCGUGCAUAGACACCCGGGGUUGAGGUGGGACAGACUGGCAGGUGUCACAACGGACGGUUGUCCAAAUCACCCAGGUAAAAAUGUUGGACUUUUGAAACGUAUGCAAGAUAAAGUGACUGAAAUUGACGCAGAUCAGAAGUUGGUAUUUUUGCAUUGUAUUAUACACCAACAUGUGUUGUGCAAGUCAGUGCUAAAAAGUAACCAUGUUAUUGAUGUUGUUAGUAAAAUAGUAAACUUCAUCAGGGCACGGGCAUUGAAUCACAGACAGUUUGUUGCACUUUUAGAGGAGCAUGAGUCUGAGCAUAGUGACAUCGGCUACCACACAGCUGUCAGAUGGCUCAGCCUGGGCAAAGUGCUAAAAAGAGUUUGGGACCUGAAAGCCGAGAUUCGAGAGUUCUGUGAGAGGAAAGGCAAAGACAUCCCAGAGCUCUCAGAUGAGGACUGGAUAGCAGAUUUUGCAUUUGCUGUCGAUGUGACUGCACUGAUGAAUGAACUGAACACCAAACUGCAAGGAAAGGGCCUCUUCGUUCAUGAAAUGCACAGCCUGGUGAAGGCUUUCAUGAGAAAGCUGCAGUUUCUUUCAAGCCAACUAGAGAGCAACACUCUCACUCACAUGCAAACCCUGAAAGAAGUCACACCAUCAGCUGAUCACCUCCGCAGGUACUCAUCCAUGUUAGGAGCAUUGCAUGGUGAGUUUUCAAGGCGAUUUGAAGAUCUCAGAACAAUCGAGGAUGAAAUGUGCAUGAUUUCCUCUCCCUUUACCUGCAGCAUGGAUAACGCACCCAGUGAUGUUCAGCUGGAGCUCAUUGACCUGCAGUCUGAUGCAGUACUGGCAGAGCACUUUAAGUCAGGAUCUCUGCUGGAUUUCUACUCUUCUCUUAAGGAGGAGGACUUUCCAAACCUGAGGAGACAUGCUCAGAAGAUGUUGGUUCUCUUUGGCUCUACCUACAUAUGUGAACAAACAUUCUCAAUGAUGAAGUUUACAAAAUCCAGGUAUAGAUGCGCUCUCACUGAUGAUCAUCUGUCAGCUGUGCUUCGCAUCUCCACCUCAAACAUUCAACCUGACUUUGAUGCACUCGUUAAAGCCCAGCAGAGACUAGAUUUCUCUCACUGAACAAGAAAAAAGAACUUAAAAACACCAAAUUAGGUGGUUAGACUACAAAUGUAGGCAUGUAAAGGCACCAACUAGCAGUGAACUGGGACACUUUCUUUGGAAGCCUUUUUCUCAAAAUCACAGUUCAGUGAUGUUCAAUGACAGUAACUUUAAUAUGAUGUGUUUUGCUUAUGUUUGGAGCACAAAGACAAUAUUGUGAUGUCCUUAGAAUGCUAAGAACCUAUUUCCAACAGUAUUUGAAACUCAGAAUGUAUUUUGGAGUGAAUGUGACUGAAAAUGUUCACUAAUAUGUCACAAAUAAAAAAAAAAAAAAAAAAAAAAAAAGUGUUCAUAUUUUGUUUGCCAUUAGUUUGGGAAAUUUGAUUGAAUAAAGGAAUUUUUUGUAAGGCAACCUCACUUUUUCAUUGCUUAAUUAUAACAUAUAGCCUACUCAUACCAGCUUGUCAAAACAACACUAUUUACUGCUUUUUAUAAAGAAAUACAAUUAAUAUUAUGCGGAAUUGAGUUCAGCCUUUUGGCCCGGCCCUCUGCAAUAUUUUCUGUUUCUCAUGUGGCCCCAUGGA